AUGCAGAAUGACCACACCUUCCUGUACUUUGCAUACGGCAGCAACCUGCUGAAGGAGCGGCUGCAGCUAAAGAACCCCUCUGCCACAGUGCACUGUGUGGCCAGGCGCAAGAACUAUAAGCUGAUGUUUGGGAACUAUAAAGGCCUUGCCAGUGACCGGUGGCACGGAGGUGUGGCCACACCAGGGGAUGAGGUGUGGGGUGUGGUGUGGAGGAUGAGCCUGUCUGAUCUGGAGUCUCUAGACAGUCAAGAGAAUGUGAUGUUAGGUGCCUACAGUCCUGUGGAGCUAUCAGUGAAGACAAAACAGCGGGAGAUCAACUGUCGUACUUACAUAAUGAACAGCUGUGUGUAUGCCCCCCCAUCACCACAGUACCUGCAGGUAAUCGUGAUUGGAGCAGGGCAGAACAGCUUGCCAAAGGGCUACCAGGAGAAGCUGAGAGCCAUCAAGACCAACAUGUAUGAAGGUCCUCUACCCAUGAUGGCUAAACUGGAGCAAGUCAGAAGAAGAGCCAAAGAGAGGGCCAACCAACGCUCUGAUGCUUGA